UUUAUUUUUGACAUAUUUGAAAACAUUUUAUUUUUCUCUGACGGGAUCGUGAAACUCGAAGAUCGGAUCAAGCGCUCUCUCUCGCACGAACCCUAGACUGUAGAACUCUCUCUUUCUUCAUUUUGCAGUAGUUCCUUGAGUAGUCUCUCCCCGCAAACGUCGACGUUUUCGGUUCUCAGAGUCUAUGUUUUCUCGCAGGUGUUUCAUGGCCUUGGAAGGCACCACCGAGAGAGAGAGGGAAAGAGAGAAGGGCGCGAGACGUUGAUCCGAACGGAGUUCAGCGAAAUCCAGAAGGUAAACCCGAGGCAGAAAAAUAGAGAGAGGAAAUGUCGUCAUCGAGUUCACCGUGUGCAGCGUGCAAGUUUCUGAGGCGAAAGUGCACGCAGGAGUGCGUGUUUGCGCCGUAUUUCCCACCGGACCAGCCGCAGAAGUUCGCGAACGUGCACAAGGUCUUCGGCGCCAGCAACGUGGCCAAGCUACUUAACGAGCUCAACGUGUCGCAGCGCGAGAACGCCGUGAACUCGCUCGCCUACGAGGCCGAGGCGCGCCUGCGGGACCCAGUCUACGGCUGCGUGGGCCUCAUCUCCAUUCUCCAGCAAAAGCUCAAGCAGCUCCAGACCGAUCUCAUCAAUGCCAAGAAGGAGCUCGCCACCUACAUUGGCCCUCAGGCCAUGCUACCCAUUAUGCAACCCCAGGGGUUCAUCCCCCAACAACAGGUGCACCCGGGGAAUCCUUCGUCCUCAGCCGCGAUGUUACCUUACAACAUGUCGCCGAUGCUGGGGAUUCCCACCGGGGCUCCCACACAUGGAGCCCAAUUGGUGAUUCGCGAGCCACAGACCCAGUCUCAGCACCAGCAUCACCAACACCAGAUAUUUGAAGCUCAACAAUUGGCUGCGGCUGUGGCUGCGAGAGAGCAACAAGAGAUUUUACGGACAUAUGAGCAGCAACAACAGCAGCCCGAGCUUGUGAGGUUCAACAGUGGGUUCGACCCGUCUGUAGGAGGUGGUUCAGUCACUGUGAGUGGGUUCAAUCAGAUGAACAUUGGUGGUAGUGGUGGUGUUAUGUCGCCUUCGCUGGCUCUGGGCACGUUUGAAAACCCUUACCAGAUGCAACCACACCAAGGGGAGCAUCACGGCCACCCUCACCACCAUCCUCUUCAGGCGCAGCUCUUGCUCCAACCUGUACAACAGCAACAAGCACAGCAAACACAGCAAGCUCAGCCGCAGACUAAGUCAGAAAGCGAGGAGGGUAGGGGUGUUGGUCCGUCUUGUUGAUCUAUUUUUUGUUCUGAAGCUCUUUAACCUUCCCGCUUUUUCAUCAAACCAAUUUUCAUUCUAGUUCGUGUUUGUCGCAUACAAGUGAAGAGAGAGAGAGAGAGAGAGAGAGAGAGGGGUUCAAUCUAAGAUCCGAAGUCUGCAUUUUUUUGGGGGGUUCGAAGAAGACUUUCCUGGGAGAAACAUUUGAAAAUGUAGGAUCAGCCGCAUUGGUCUUCGAGUACAGUUUUUUAUUUAUUUAUUUUUAUUUUUACUUUUAAUUUUUGGAUCAGUAGUGAUGGUACAUCCUUAUAAAAUGUAAAUCAGAAUCUGGGAAGCUUUUUCGAAGCCUUUGUUUCUAGCAUUUUCAAACUUACUAUACUCUUGUUACUACAGUUACAUUAAUAAUGAUUUUA